AUGUCGAAAAGUCCGCUGCCCUGUCGCGAUGCCAAUUGCAAACACGAGGAAUGUUAUUGGAUGCGUCAGAUUAAGCAGCUAGAGCAACGCAUUGGAGACGAGGUCUUGCGUGGAAGCAAGACCGAAAGCAAAUAUGAGGUCUUGAAAGCCAAUUAUGCCCAUCUCGAAGCCUCCAUGCGGGCCCGUGAGAAGGAAAAGUCGGAGAUGAACGAGAGAAUACUGUCGCUCGAAGCGUCGUUGAAGGAAAAGUCCGAGGCUCUCGAGGCUGAGAAGGCCACAACGGCAGAAAUCAGAGACAAACUGAGACUCGUCAGCUUCAACAAACAGCACCAGCUUGUUCUGGCUCAACAAGCAUUACGAUUUGUCAACAAGGUCCAGCUCGACAAAUCCGACACCCGGUCAGAUAUCAUCCAUGAUUACACAAAUCGACUGGGCACCGACAUCAACCUGCCUACACUCCCAAGUGAGAAGCAAGCCUCUGGUAUGGCCAGAAAUACGAAACGAUCUCGAUCUGAAGAGCCCGGCGAUGACUCGGCUAGGAAGCAGGCAGCAAGACCACGGAUUCCUCCCCAACGAGAGAAAUGCGGCCUCGAGAAGCCCUUUUGUGCCCAGUGCAUCAAGUCGAGGCGGGCCUGUACAGGCUAUUCUCGGUAUCCAAUCUUCAUUCAGCAUAAGAUCCCAGCGGACGACCAAGCGAAGUCAGUCGUUUGCCACAGGAGACCUCCACAACAGCAAACAGUGUUGAGCAUUCUUGAGCCCGUCAAGUCUGCACUUCGUCAGGUCGGUCAAGUCGAUCCAUCCCCAGCAAUCCGACAGCAACUCCUCGAGGAAUAUCUCUCUUUCCACCUGCCCAAAGCCCACCUCGGGCCCAUGCAUCGAAGGCUGUGGCUCUGUCAGCUACCAACCAUGCUAUAUCUGAACUCUGCGUUGGAAGUAUCGGCAAUGGCGUUAUGUGUGGCUAAAUUGAGCGAAGUCUAUGACGGCGACCCAACCUUGCAGUACGAGAGCCUCAGGCUUUACCAACGUGGACUACACCAGCUUCAAAAGGCACUUUGGGAUCCCGAGCUUAUGUACCAUGAGCAGACGUUGGCUGCGUGCAUCGCAUUAGCCACCUAUGAGUUGAGCCAGUGCCCAAGCAACUCAAAGCAUGGGUAUAUCAGCCACACAUCUGGUUGCGAAAGACUGAUGCAACUCCGUGGCCCAGAGGCACACACCGAAGGGUUGGCACAUCAGAUUUUCGUUCAAUUUCGAGUGCAAAGUAUUCUGUAUGCAUUGGACACCAAGCAGCCGACAUUUCUGUCGGAGCCUGUGUGGCAGGAAGUACCGUGGCAGAGUCAUCCGAAAACGUUGUUUGACCAAGUCUAUGACUUUGUCACUAUUGCUCCUGAGCUCCAGAGGCAAGGUGAACUGCUUGCAUACAUGGAUUCCGACAGCCGACUCCGGCUUGCGACAGAGAUGAUUACGAAGUGCUGGAAAAUGGAUCGCGAUCUCGCCUCAUUCCAUGAUGAAUUGGUCAGAAGCCAAGCAGGACCUUUAUAUUGGCCCGAGCUGGCUCGUGGGCAAAUCUGUGAUGAGGACGGAGAGGAUGGGAGGCUCUUCCCGGUUGCGUUUCACUUUCCGCACCUGUCUGUUGCCCACACCCUCCUUGUUUUUUGGGCUUGCCAGACAAUGUUGUGGCAAGGAAUGUACCAGCUCUAUCGCGUUAUGGCCACGUUGCGUGGUAGCUUUGCCACCAGCAGCAGAAGCAAGGAGUUGCUCUUCGAGCCAGAUGCGAGUACCAGGUUCUCCGACCUACCGGCUCUCGAGCACCGGAUAGACUUCGCAGCUCCAGCGCGGAACAUAUUUCAGUCUGUAGAGUACUGCCUGCUGGAUGAGAUGAAGGACCACGGUCCGAAAUCUAUCGCUGCCUCAUUGCGGAUCGCAAACGAGACACUGAAACAUCAUCUCGCAUAUCGGCGAGAUGUGCUGUGGGCGGAAGAGGCCAUGGUAAAAGUCCAAGGGCGGUCUCUGCGUCUCCUUGUUUAUUACACUGAAACUGCAACCAGUGUCCAGCUCAACGGCCGAGAAAGGUUGGACAAAUAG